AUGAGUCCCUUUAGCAAGGACGAAACUAGUCGUAUGAUAUGCUUUGGAUCUUUCUUCUCUUUAAACUCACCCCACCCUCACCCUCAAGGUAUACAUGAUAUCCCAGGAUAUGAAUGGGCACAAAAUUGUACACCUGAGCAAUUUCAAAAAGAAGGAGGAAUCGUUUAUGACAAUGGUGAAGAUGCUUUAUAUAACGAAUUACAAAAAACAGCACCAGAUAAUAUUUAUCAUUUAAUUGAAAUAUCAUCAGCAACAUCAGUAGGUGAUGUUUUACAACGUUUAAAAUCUGAAGUGACAAAAAAUAUUCGUUUAUUCGCUAUGGGUGGAUCGAUCUAUCGAGAUUAUGAAAAUUUUAGUCAACCAUCAAAAGAAUAUAAUGUUUUUGAAGAUACUGUUGCCGCUCAAUUCAUGUUUAAUUCAUCUUGGGCUUAUUUUGGAUUAGCACCAUUAGAUACUACAAUUUUUAUGCAAUUCAAUGGCCUUACAUGGCAACAAUUUCUUUUCUAUCUUUGGUAUAACAAUGGUGGAAAACAUGCUGGAGGUCUUGAACCAUUUAGUCCUGAUAUUGGUACAAGUACUAUGUAUGAUGUUUUAGCAGCUAUUCUAAGUUUAUAUUAUCCAAAAACAAUUACCAUUGAUUGUAACAAAUGA